UUGUCCAGUGAGAGGCAGUGGAGAUCAGAUCUGAGCUCUGAUCACAGCAGUAGUGAGCUGCUCACUGCCACAGUCACAACACUGUGACAUCCAUCAGGGAUUUCACUUUUCUUAUUUUUGUCUUUUUUUUUUCUUUUUCUUUUCUUUUCUUUCUUUUUUUUUCUUUUUUUUUCUCUCUCUCUAUCAAACGGGUUUAGACUGAAGCGUCCCUUAAAGCAGGUAGUUACUGGGUGAUCUGAAGAGGUCCACUGCACCACCUAUACUGGACGUCAUGACAGCCGAAAAGACGAUUCUCAUAAUAAAUGGAAAAGCAGACAAUUCGAUGGACCCCGAAGCAGCGAACCCGAGCGCAGUGCGCAGCAAUGAUAAGAAGGUGGUGAAUGAGAGAGGACAGUGGAAUAAUAAGGUUGAGUUUGUGCUGUCAGUAGCUGGAGAGAUCAUUGGCCUUGGCAACGUUUGGAGGUUCCCAUAUCUGUGUUACAAGAACGGCGGAGGUGCUUUCUUUGUGCCUUAUGUCAUCUUCUUCAUCUGCUGUGGGAUCCCAGUCUUCUUCCUGGAAACAGCGCUAGGUCAGUUCACUAGUGAAGGGGGCAUCACAUGUUGGCGAAAAGUCUGCCCGCUGUUUGAAGGCAUUGGCUAUGCGACACAAGUCAUAGAGGCCCACCUGAAUGUUUAUUAUGUGGUUAUAUUGGCUUGGGCCAUUUUCUACCUAUUCAACUGCUUUACAACAGAGCUGCCCUGGGCAUCGUGUGGUCACUACUGGAACACGGAAAACUGUGUGGAUUUUAACAAUGAAAGCAUUGCCAACCUCACCAACCCAUAUGCCACAUCACCAGUCAUUGAGUUUUGGGAACGCCGUGUUCUCAGCAUAUCCUCUGGAAUUGAAGAAGUUGGCAGCCUUCGCUGGGAACUUGCUCUCUGUCUUGCUAUAGCCUGGGUCAUAUGUUAUUUCUGCAUUUGGAAAGGUCCCAAAUCAACUGGAAAGGUGGUGUAUGUCACUGCAACCUUUCCUUAUUUCAUGCUGUUGAUCCUCCUCCUUCGAGGAAUCACGCUGCCAGGAGCUGCGAAUGGAAUUAAGUUCUACUUGUAUCCUGAUAUCUCUCGUCUGUCAGACCCUCAGGUGUGGGUGGAUGCAGGCACGCAGAUCUUCUUCUCAUAUGCUAUAUGUCUGGGCUGUCUUACGGCUCUUGGCAGCUAUAACAGCUACAACAACAACUGCUACAGGGACUGCAUCAUGCUGUGCUGUCUGAACAGUGGAAAGAGUUUUGUGGUAGAGGCAGUGGCAGAGUCAGGUCCUGGUCUAGCGUUCAUAGCAUAUCCUAAAGCUGUGACCAUGAUGCCAUGGGCUCCAUUGUGGGCCUGCCUGUUCUUCAUGAUGCUCAUCUUUCUCGGGCUCGACAGUCAGUUUGUGUGUGUGGAGAGUCUUGUGACGGCAAUCGUGGACAUGUAUCCCAAAACCUUCCGUGUGGGUUAUCGGCGAGAGCUUCUCAUCCUGGGAAUGUCUGUGACUUCCUUCUUCCUGGGUCUAAUUAUGUUGACAGAGGGUGGCAUGUACGUAUUCCAGCUCUUUGACUCGUAUGCAGCCAGUGGCAUGUGUCUGUUGUUUGUGGCCAUCUUUGAGUCCAUCUGCAUUGGCUGGAUCUAUGGUAGCGACAGGUUUUAUUUGAACAUUGAGGACAUGAUUGGAUACAAGCCCAUCUUCUUCAUCAAAUGGUGCUGGAAGUACUUCACACCAGGCAUCUGUGCUGGCAUUUUUCUGUUCUUCUUGAUCAAGUACAAGCCGCUGAAGUAUAAUAAUGUGUACACAUAUCCAGACUGGGGUUAUGGCAUUGGCUGGAUGAUGGCCAUGUCCUCUAUGGUUUGCAUUCCUCUGGGAAUCUUAUUUCAGAUCUGGAAGACAGAAGGAACUUUCCGUGAGAGGAUAAAAAAGCUGACCACACCCAGCUCUGACCUGAGAAUGAGGGGACGCCUCAGCUCCAAGGGUCCCUGCGCUAUCAAUGAUGCUGAUGCCAAAAUGGGGGCGGAUGGCAAGAGCUCCACCAUCAUAGAGAAGGAGACACAUUUCUAAACCCAAGAAACAGACAUCACCGGCACAACAGACAGAAAAGUGAAGAACAAAUAUGUUUGCUUUUAUUUUUAAAGAGAUAUCUAUUAUCAAAUUUGUAGUGUUGUUUUUUUUUUUUUUUUUUUUGGACAAACAGGUAACACAUCACAAUUUAACAUCAUGAUUAAAAACUGUUUUGCAUCAGAGUAUAUCUAAAUCUAGACAGAAAUGUUGUCAUAUUGCCUCACUCUUUGUCACAUUAGUCAUUUCUGUACUUGUAGAAUGAAGCCAAGGUAUAAUAUGCUGUGAAAUGUUUUACACAUUGGCUCUUGGCUCUGUGCAGAUUAAUGUAGAGUACUAUUCUAAUGGAUAGGAGAUGUACUGAUGACCACUCCAAACGCUGGCUGUAUGUUUGUAGAUGAGGCUCAGUAUAGUCAGAUACGCUGUGAUUUGCUGCCCUUUAGCUAGCAUUGACUCACGGGGCAAACAUGACGUAGCAAGCCCAUUCGCCACGGCGUCUUGCGUGGCUCGAAUUCUUGGCCAUUUCACACCAAUUAGACCAAACACAGGUUUAUCACUUUGAUUUAUUUUAUUUUUCUUUGCAGGCUGGUGGUUCCGGACACCCCUCACUGACGUUCGUGAACUUUCUGUCUUAGUGUGUGAUUUUCUGUGAUUUUGUAUUAUGUUUAAGGGCAGUCUGAUGGUAAAAAAUAUAUUAUGUAGAUAAAGCUUUUCCUUUGUAUGUGAGGACAACAUUAAAGCAAUGUUGUGGAACACAAAAGUGCACAUUUCCAAACAGUUCAAACACUUCUUUUCACAACAGUACCAUAAAAUUAAUAUAUUGAACUCACUAUAUUCACUGAUAAUCUAAUCUGCGUUCAUGUUAAGAUUUAAAAAAAAAAAAAUUUGAUGCACCGUUUUUUAACACGUAGGCUAGAUGAGAGGGUGUGUAAAUUAUGACACAAUGUAGAGAAUGUUUGGGUCAACUAUUCCUUUAAAGGCAUAGAUGCAGUAAUAAACAGAUCUGAUGUGGAAAGAUUGAUACCGUCCAAAAUAUAAAAGGCAACUAAACAGAUGUUAGCUCAUUCCCUAAGAGAAAGUACAAGCGGCAAAGAAGAAGUUCCCCUUUCACAUCUAUUUCAAGCAAUUGUAGAGCCCAGUUAUUGACAUCCAUUAAGUCAUUAGGAAGCAGUGGAAAUGUGUUCGAAUGACCCUUGCAAUUCAACAGCCAUAAGUACUUUGAUCAAACAGUGCUGGAUCUGUAAUGUACUAUCACAGUUAAGAGCACUUUUUGUUCACAGUAUACUCAGGAUGCACUGUGAGCCCUGUGCACAUGCAUGCAAUCUUUGGUCUGGUCUGUUCCAUUGUGGCAUCAUCAAUUUGUGCACUUAAACUUAUUUGUGUUUUAAUAGCUUGUUAACUUUUCAGAUGUAUAUGUUUUGUGUACAAUUUCUUGAUGAAAAAAUAUGUCAUUCCAACAAUCAACUAGGUAUAUGAUGGAAUUGUAAUAUGUUCUGUUUACACAGUUUUUGGUAUUCACAGAACAUAUGAAUUGUGUGCUUACUCAUUUUUUAAAAAUAAAAGUUAAAAACAAACUA